AGGGGCGCGCGGAGACCCCCAGGAUCGCCGGAAGGGGCGCGCGGGGCGGUUGGCCGCAGCGGGGGCGGUGGCCGUUGGCUAGCAGCGGCCUGGGCCAGACGAGGUCAGGCGUCUGGCCGGGCCUUGGCCACCAUGACCAAAGACUCGCCCAGCCCUUCGGGCGGCGGCCGCGCGACACCGAAGAAGCCGGGUAGUCCAGGUCCGUCUGCGGUGGUGCUGGAGGAGCAAAGGCGGGAGCUGGAGAAGCUGCGGGCCGAGCUGGAGACCGAGCGGGCGCGCGGGCGGGCGGAGAGGCAGCGUUUCGCGUCCCAGGCGCGCCAGCUGCGGGAGGCGGCCGAGCGGGAGCGGCAGCAGCUGGUUGACCAUCUGCGCUCCAAGUGGGAGGCUCAGCGCGGUCGGGAGUUGCGGCAGCUGCAGGAGGAAGUGCUGCGGGAGCGUGAGGCCGAGAUCCGGCAGCUGCUGCGCUGGAAGGAGGCCGAGAUGCGGCAGCUGCGGCAGCUGCUGCACCGCGAGCGCGACGGCGUCAUGCGCCAGGCCCGGGAGCUGCAGCGCCAGCUGGCCGAGGAGUUGGUGAACCGAGGCUACUGCGGCCGCGCGGGGGCGCCCGAGGUCGCCGCUGCUCAGUGCCGCUGUCGCCUGCAGGAAGUGCUGGCGCAGCUUCGCUGGGAAACCGACGGCGAGCAGGCUUCGCGCAUCCGACACCUGCAGGCGGCGCUCGACGUGGAGCGCCAGCUCUUCCUCAAGUACAUCCUGGAGCACUUCCGCUGGCAUCCCGCUUUGCCCGGCUCCCCCGACCCCCAAGCCGUGCAUUCUUCGGAAGGGCCGCCCGGCGAUACCGUCGCCGACUCCGACGGGCCCCAAAAGUCCAUGUGUAGACUCGAAUCCCUGAAUGCUGACAGCCUGACUGGGGGCGUCCGCCUGCGCUCCCGCUCCCUAGACGUGGUGCGGGCCGGGCGCUCCAACUCCUCAAACAGCCUGCUCCACACGCGCGCCAGCUCUCUCGAUUCCUUGCCACCAGCGCGUUCCCGCUCUCUCGACAGCACCCUCGGUUGCCCCAAGGCCCCCGAAUCCGAGGAGCGGGCCUCUUCGCCAGACGCCUCCGUCUUAGGCUCGCCGAGUGCCCCUGCGCCGCCGCCGCCACCGCCUCCGCCACCGCCUCCACCACCACCGCCAUCGGAGCACCGAAGACCUAGCGAUCCGCCAGAAGACCCCGGGAGCCAGCCCUGCGAAGCUCUAACCCCUUCUUCGCCGGGUCUGGACUACCAGGAGCUGGUGAAGCAGAACUCGGAACUGUCCAAGGCGUUGCGCGCGGUGGCGCGCCGCUGCUCUGGCCUGCGGGAGGAGAACACGCAGCUGCGGCGCGCAGGCUUCCAGGACAAGUCCGACGAGAAGGUGAAGCGGCUCAAGGGGAAGCACGCGAAGCUUACAGGCCUCGCGCGGCGCCUGGAGGACCGAGCCCGAAAGCUACAAGAAACCAACCUGCGGGCUGUGAGCGCGCCUGUGCCGGGCGACAGCCGCGCCAGUCUGGAGCUGUGCCAGGCCUUUUCCCGCCAGCGCGCCCGGGACUUGUCCGAGCAGGCGAGCGCGCUGCUGGCCAAGGACAAGCAGAUCGAAGAGCUGAGGCAGGAGUGCCACUUGCUGCAGGCGCGCGUCGCCUCGGGCUUCGGCAGCGUCCUGCACCCUGGCAGGGGUGCCGCCCAAGCCCAAGUCCAAGCCCAGUGGCUCGACAUCAGUGAGUUGGACCGGCUGCAGCGCGAGUCCCAGCGGGAGGUGCUGCGCCUGCAGAGACAGUUGACACGCCAGCAGGCUAGCGGCAGCGCCCGAGUGGAGGCGGACGGCCAGGGCGCACCCAGCGAGGAGGCGCGGCGCCAGGUGCAGGCCCUGGAACUCGAGCUGGGCGCGCGGCGGCGGGAGUGCGAGGAGCUGAGCGCCCAGGCGGCGGCAGCGCGGCGGCGCGGUGACGAGGCUGAGGCGCAGCUGCAGGCGGCGCUACGCGAGGGAGCCUGGCUGACCCAGGAGAAUGCGCGGUUGCAGGCCCAGGCCGACUGGACGCAGAAGGUGGCGGCGGAAAACGACGACGUGCGCGGGCAGCUGGACCGCGCGUGCCAGGAGCGCGACGCCGCCGGCAUGCUGGCAGAGCAGCUGCUGCAGCAGGCGGCGCGCGGACAGGACCGGCAGCAACAGCUGCAACACGACCUGCGGAAGGCCUUGCACGAUCUCCAGGCUGCUCGCGAGGAGAUGCUAGCGCUUCAGUGUCAGCCUGGUCACCCUCCCCCCGAACCCCAGGAGGCCCCCCAAGUCCCCGAGUCUCAAGUUAGAGACCCUGGAAGGACCAAGUUCCAGCCGGAUCCUCCAGAUCAAGCAUCUUCAGAGCCCAGCAGAGACAAGCGGGAGAAUCAAGAAGCUUCUCGGCCGGGAAGUCCAGUUGCCAUCAGGGAGCCAGCCAGUGCCCCUCAGAUGCCUGACAGAGUCCUAGCCAGUCCGCCUCUAGACUCCAGGUACCAGGCCAAGAAGACUAGCUCCCAGUCGAACUCUUCGUCUGAGGUGGAGUCCGCAUGGGCCACAGUGCCAUCUUGUCCUACUCUGGAUAUGGACACCGCCAGCGAGAUGGAGGAUCUGGAGCCUGACAGUAUGUCCUCCACCUUGGAAGUGGGGGGGUCAGAGGCCCGCCUGCCCCCCAAGCUCAAGAUAUUCCUGGCUCGGUACAGCUACAAUCCUUUUAAGGGCCCUAAUGAGCACCCUGAGAGUGAGCUACCCCUUACAGCUGGGGAUUAUGUCUAUAUCUUUGGGGACAUGGAUGAAGACGGCUUUUAUGAAGGGGAGCUUGAGGAUGGCCGACGAGGGCUGGUGCCGUCCAACCUAGUGGAGCAGAUUCCAGACAGUGACAUCCUGGACUGCCUGCCCCUCAAAUCCCCUGACUUUGGUCCCACUCGGCUCCCACCUGGACAGAGCAAAGGUUUGACGGAAGACACUGGUCACAGCUUCUUACCUGGGAAAGCCCAGGGGGCUAUGGACAAGGGGCCGUGCCUGAUGGUGGGGGUAGCCCCCAAGACAGAGGGGGCAGCAGAGAUCACAGAUGCCAAGACAGAAGACAGCUGGCUGGGUGCGCUGCAGUGUAUGAAAGAGAAGGGCUUCUCCAGACCCCUUCUAGGGGCCACAGGGGCUCUGUGCAUGGCCCCCAUGCAACUCCACCUGCAAAGUGUUGCCGCAACAUCGGCCAAGAUCGCCUGGGUCUACGGCAGCAGCAGCCACCUCCACAUGGUGUAUCUCAAUGGCCAAGAGCACGCCCUGACCCCAGCAGGCGUGAGCAGCUAUACCUUCCAUGGCCUGCUGCCUGGCACGCGGUACCGGGCAUGGGUGGAGGUGCGGCUGCCGUGGGACUCGUUGCAGGUGCACUGGAAGACAUCGUCCUCUACCAUCACCUUCAAAACGCCCCUGGCGGGACCCCCUGACCCUCCCCUGGAUGUGCUGGUGGAGCGCCAUGCCUCCCCAGGCCUCCUGAUGGUCAGCUGGCUCCCCGUAACCAUUGACUCUGCUGGGUCAUCCAAUGGAGUCCAGGUCACCGGCUACGCCAUCUAUGCUGAUGGGCUCAAGGUUGCAGAGGUCACCGAUGCCACUGCUGGGAGCACCCUGUUGGAAUAUUCCCAGCUCCAGCAGCCCCUGCUGUGCCAGAGUGUGUCUGUAAGAACCAUGUCGCUUUGUGGUGAGUCCCUGGAUUCGGUGCCAGCCCAGAUCCCUCAUGACUGUUUCACCUGCCACCAGUUGCCAGAGACUUCUUCCUUUAGCCACCCAUGUGGUGACCCAUCUACCUGCAGAGUCACUGUCCCUGUCUGUUCUCAGAGGCUGACCCUGUCUCCCCUGAGUGCCACAGUCAGCCCUCACGCUCCUGGAAGCUGUGGGGAGUCCCAGGCCGAGUUUCUAGAAGCCUUCUCUGAAGAACCCCUAAGGAGGCAGUCUCCGAUGCCCAACCUGGAUCCAGAAAAAGAAUGUGCCAGUGCAGGGUGCAGCCGCCAAGCCCAGGGGCCUCCAGAGACCCAGGAAGUCUGCAGAAAGGACCUGCUCUUCCAGCAGAGCUCCCCGAACCACAGACCCCCUCUGCCCAUUGGCCAGUCGAGGGGAGAAGACCGCUAUUGUCACAUGGGCCCUAGACAGAGCCCUGCUUCGGGAGUCAUCCAUCCUUUCCCAGAGCGUGGGCUCAACAAAGAAAUAUAUCAGGAAAAGUCUGCCCUUGAGAAGGUCCUUAGGCAAAAGCAAGAUACCCAAGUGCUCGUCCCUCUCCGGCUGGAUGCCAGCCAACUGUAUGUGUCUGACUUCCAUGACAUUCAGGAUGUCAUGCAGGAGGAGGAGGCCAUGUGCUUCAGUCCCUGGGGCAUGAGGAGGCGAGAGCAGAGAAGGGAGUUUAGGACCCAGAAUGGGAGAGGUCAGGCUCUGGGAGGCAAGAGAAUGUGCCAGCUCCGGGAGCCAAGCCCAGCACUUUGUCCAGCUCCAUCCAGCAAGGUCAUGAAGAUGCCCAGGGGUGGCCCCUCCCCACUGGGGACUGGGGGGGACACUCUGGUCAGGGUCUUUGUGGCCCUCUUUGAUUACAACCCCCUGGUGAUGUCUGCCAACCCGGAGGUCGCAGAGGAGGAGCUGGCCUUCCAGAAAGGGCAGUUGCUGAGAGUGUGGGGAUCUCAGGACCCCUGCGGCUUCUACCAUGGCGAGUGUAAUGGGCAAGUGGGCACCAUACCUGGGCACCUGGUGGCUGAGGUGAAGGUGGGCACAGAGCAGACUGAUGGCAAGUGGCAUUUGCCAGUGCAAGGGUACCUCCCCCCUAUGGCCCCCUUCGACGACUUUGGGGGGCUCACCAGCCCCCAGAGCUCCUUUCCUAUGCCCCAAGGGAACCCCAGGAUGUCAUCAUUGUGGACCCCAACAACCAUGAUGGCAGCUUUGGACUAUGACCCCAAGGAUGGGCGAGCAGGGGGCCAGGUGAAGGACAAGCUGUCGCUAAGGGCAGGGGAUGUGGUCACAGUCUACGGGCCUGUGGAUGACAAGGGAUUCUAUUAUGGGGAGUCAGGUGGUCACAGGGGUCUGGUCCCAGCCCACCUGCUGGAUCACCUUACCCUCCAUGGGGAGUGAGCAAAGCUCCCACCGGGGUAGUGGCCUCUAGCCACCCACACCCCACCAGAGGAGAAGCAAGCUCUGGGACCCUACCUCCAGCACCCCUCUUCACCUCCGUGAGCAUCACUUGCUCCAGGCGUCACCAUGGGAAACUGAUGGCAGUCCUGAGGUGUCCCCUAGCCUCUGCGAGGAGCAGGGCUUAAGUCUGAACUAAGCUGUUCCCCAAAGAAAACAGAACAAACAGCCCAUGAGAGCCCAACAGGCUACUUUGGAGUUGUCAGUGACCAUGACGGUGUUUGGAGAAGUGCCUUUUUCUGUGCUCAGUGUACAUUUUCUCUAGAAGUUUCUUUAGAGUUUCCUCAUCCAUUGCCUUGUAUGACAGUCUCAAGAAAAGCCUGCCUCUUAAAAAAAAACAACAAGAAAAA